UACUUGAGCUCUUGACAAUAUUUGUGAGGAUGUCAAGUGAAUGAGUGUUUGUUGGGUGUGGAUUAGUUAGUAAUUAGCCAUUUCAUCCGAGCAUGGCUUCUUGCUUCUCAAACCACACUGUAUGUUAUGGGUGGAAGAGAAGAAGCAGCCCAUGUAGCUUGUUUGGGUGGAACAUAGGCAAGAGAAAACAAGAUGAAUUGCCACAGACCAACAAGUACCAUGAAACUGAUCUUCCAUUCUCUCCUUCUCUGCUUGGCAAAACUUUCUUAAGUGGUAGGGAAUUGAAGUGUUGCUAUAAGGCCACCAUUGAUGGAUUUAGUGCAGCUAAUUUCCACAACUGCUGUGACUUCAAGGGGCCAUGCGCCAUAAUUGGCUACACAAACAAGUCCUUCAAGUUUGGGGCAUUCAACCCUGAAGGCUACAGAAGCACAGAUGAUUACUAUGACACUUUUGAUGCAUUCCUCUUCUACUGGACAGAUAAUGAAAUAGCUGACCCAAUUGUUCUACCCAAAGUAGGAGGCAGUGGGGCAGCCCUUUUCGAUUAUGCUCGGGGCGGGCCACAAUUUGGGGCCGAUGGUCUGCUUAUCGGGCCACCUCUAGCUCCGGUUAUGGGUGGGUUUGCAGGUCCGGAUACUAAUUCGGGUAUUGGUGAUUUAAGGCAAGCCAAAUCUAGAUUAGGAUUGUCAUAUGCAAAGAGGGAAGAUGGGAAGGAGUCUCUUUUUGGGGAUGAGUCUAGAGCAACCCUUGAAGAAGUAGAAGUUUAUUGUAGCCCUCAAAUUGCAAGUUUGUACUAAACAUAAUAAAAUGGUGUGCUCAUUGCUCAAGUUCAAUAAACAACCCCCUUCUCACAAUAAUUGGUCACGUACUAGUCCUCGACUAGGUUACAUGUAAGAUUUUCGCCUAUACAUGUUUCGUGGCAUUAGAAGUCAUUGUUUUAGGCACUCUUCAAACGUCUCAAAUUUUGCAGAAGGAGACUUGCAAAGAAAGGAACCUGCCUCAUUUGCAUUGGUCAUUUGACUUUGCUGAUGCAGCUGCUGCCUCAUUUCAUUUCGUUUUCAACCAAAACAAGUGGAGAAUACUCGUUUAUUUGUUUCCACUACAAGGGAAAAGUAGCAGGGCGUGCUUAUUCGAUACUUUAGGCUCCAAGCAGUAGGUGCUGAGAGUGAAAGAUUAGGGGGCGGUCGAUUCUGUUUUAGAAAAUAAUGGUGGGUCUUGGAUAGAAAAAGAGUAAAUUAUAGGCCUUUUAAGAUGGCAUUCCUAAAGUCACAAUAGUAUAGUCUCUUUUUUAUCAAGAUGCUUAAGAAAGUGAUGAAGGGGGAGGCAGGGAACAAUUGGAAGACUUGAGCUGAGAGAAAUGUACAUUUAUUUGAUACUCAUUGGGUCUGGAAUGACACCUUUUGUGGCCUUUCC